AAUAGGAAUACGUCGCGAGGCAGGUCUCUCACUUCCUCUCUUUAGCUCACUGCUUUUUACGUUCUGGGCAUUGCUGCUCGCGCGCUGAUGACGGCAGAGGUACAGGAGGAGGCAGCAGUGACAGCGGUACAUGCGCAUUGCAGCAGUGGACGGCGUUAGUGCUAAGUGCAGCUUGGUAUUUGCUUCCUUUACCCCCUUACAGAUCACCAGUGAUUGCCCAACUUGGCGUUCUAUCUACUCUGUGGGAAGACUGAUGAUUCCUCUUUAAGAUCUGCUGUGAGAAGCAGGGAUUGGCGACAUCGACUCCUUGCGUAAAAUACCCAUGUGAUGUGUCUCCCUUUUAUCUGGUGACCUGGCCAGUGCUGGGAUCUAUGUGGCUGCUGGACCAUGAAUCUGCACCAGGUGCUGACUGGAGCUGUCAACCCGGGGGAUAACUGUUUCUCGGUGGGAAGUCUACAGGAUCAGCCUAUUACGGCUUAUGCAUCUGGCUGUGAUGUUGUCAUUUUGGGCAGUGAUUUUGAAAGAUUACAAGUAAUCCCUGGAGUUCAACAUGGAAAUGUUCUGGUGGGAUGUGUGGAUUGCUCCAUGCAACAAGGCAGAAUUGCCGCUUCAUAUGGCAAUUUGAUUUGCAUCUUUGAACCAGUAAACCUAUUAAAGCAGAAGAAUGCUCAGAUACAUGGAGUCCGAACCCAGUGGCAGAAGAGUGCUCAGAUUGUACUUGACUCAGUAGUACACAAUUUAACAUGGGACCCUACAGGUACUCGUCUCUUGACUGGCUCAAGCUGCCUACAGCUGUGGUCUAACAGUCGCAUAGACAAGUUGUCUGAUGAGGAGAGCCAGGAGAAACCAGAUAGUGAUUUUGCACACUGGAGAUGCAUUUGGCAGUGCAAGACUGCAUUUUCGGUACAUUUAAUGAAAUUUUCACCAGAUGGAGAAUUUUUUGCAACUGCCGGAAAGGAUGACUGCCUUGUUAAGGUGUGGUAUAACAGUGAAAGCUGGCAUUCCGCUGUGACGCCUCCAAUUCUAAGUCCGGAAAAACAGACUCAAGGAGAAGUAGAUUUUUCUUUUGUCUACCUUGCCCACCCCAGAGCAGUAAAUGGAUUCUCAUGGAGGAAGACCAGUAAAUACAUGCCACGAGAAUCUGUGUGUAAUGUUCUUCUGACCUGCUGCAAAGACAAUGUUUGCCGCCUCUGGGCAGAAACGUUGUUACCCAAUGACAGCCUUUUGUUUGGUGAUGGGUUCAAUCAAAAAACGGAGCCAAACAACUUAAAUAACAAUUUUAAAAGAAAUCAUUCAAGCAAAGAUCGUGUGCAGAGUGCACUGGAGCUAAAUCUGAAGCAUUUUAGAAGAGGAAGGAGCCGAUCUUUAUCACUUGCGGCACAUACUGGAUACCCUCCUCAUCAGCAAGAUCCUCAUGAUGUACAUAGAAACGCCACUUUCCACAGCAAUGCACUUUGCCACUUUCAUAUUGCUGCCAGCAUAAACCCAGCAACAGACAUACCUCUUCUCCCUUCUAUCACAUCUAUGAGUCUCAAUGAGAAUGAAGAAAAAAGUGGACCAUUUGUAGUACACUGGUUAAAUAACAAAGAACUUCAUUUUUCUCUGACUAUGGAAGUUUACCUACAGCAGAUCAGGAAAAGUUUUGAUCAGCAAUCUUCAGAAACUAGUACUGAUGAAACUACCCUUGCAGAAGGAAAUUCCGAUGAAGGAGAAGCAGAGGAUACUAUAGCAAAUGAACUUAAACUCCCCAAUGAAAAAAAGGAAGUAAACGGAGAGAAAGCAGCCCAGAAUUCAGCCUUUAUUGCAUUGCCCACAGAUAUAAUUGAUCACAAAAUUGAAAACCUGUUAUCUGAAUGGAACAAGAAUGCUGACAUGCUUUUCAGUAUCCAUCCUGUGGAUGGUUCCCUGCUUGUUUGGCAUGUAGAUUGGUUGGAUGAAUAUCAACCUGGCAUGUUUCGUCAAGUGCAGGUGUCCUUUUCCUGUAGAAUUCCAGUAGCAUUUCCUACUGGAGAUGCAAGCUCACUCUGCAGAAGCAUUGUCAUGUACGCCAGUACUAAAAAUGUUGAUUUGGCAAUACAGCAAGGCAAACAGAAGCCACCGGGCAUGGGUCGUUCAACAUCUAUGUUAAUCUCUGCAGGGCAAAACAAAUUGUCAAACAGUUUAAAACUAAGCAUUUUCACGCCAAACGUUCUUAUGAUCUCUAAGCAUGCUGAUGGGUCACUAAAUCAGUGGCAAGUCAGCUUUGCAGAGGAAUCUGCCUUCUCAACAGUUCUCAGCAUUUCCCAUAAAUCCCGUUACUGUGGACAUCGUUUUCAUCUUAAUGAUCUAGCUUGUCAUUCUGUGUUGCCUUUGCUGCUUACAACUUCUCACCAUAAUUCAUUAAGGACACCAGAAAUGAAUGACAAUCGAAUGUCAAAUGGUGUUUCAGAAAGUGAGGAUUGUUCAGUAAAAGAUGAGACCAAAAAUACCACAUUGGAAGAGUGCCAGGAUCCAAAUGCAGUGUACAGUGAGCUAAUUCUUUGGCGGGUGGAUCCUGUUGGACCCUUGUCCUUUUCUGGUGGAGUUUCUGAGCUAGCUCGCAUUAAUUCUCUUCAUGUUUCUGCUUUUUCAAAUGUUGCCUGGUUGCCUACUCUUAUACCCAGUCAUUGUUUAGGUACUUACUGCAAUUCUCCAAGUGCUUGUUUUGUUGCAAGCGAUGGAGAGAACCUAAGACUUUAUCAAGCUGUGAUAGAUGCCAAAAAGCUGCUGUGUGAACUAUCCAACCCAGACAUUUCUAAAUAUGUUGGAACAGUUUUUAACAUCACAAGUCAACAAUCAACUGCUAGACCUGGUUGCAUUAUAGAAUUAGAUGCCAUUACUGAUCUACAUGGCAGAAAAACACAAUUGCUACAUGCAUUUCAAGAAGACUUUAUCAUGGGUAACCUCAAGAAUACUGCAGUUUCUGGAAGCAGUGAAACGCAGUCGGAUUCUGAAAACUCGCAGACUGGAUUCUCAGAAAAAUUCUAUUUGGUGGUAAUUGAAUGCACUAAAGAUAAGCGUUCCAUACUUCGUAUGUGGAAUUUGCACUUGAAAUCUGUACCAGUUUGUAUGGAGGAAAAAACUAGCUCAAGUAGUUCUGAAAAUGGUCAACCAAUGGAUGACUCUAUGAAUUCUGUUUCUGGAGAAAAGAUCCCAUCACCUCUCACACAGAAAUACCAGACUUGCAAGGCAAAUCUUCAAAGCACCAGUAAGAUGACACUUUCUUCUGAGAUUGUGUACAGCCAGGAACUGAACUUACCUGAUGGUGUGGAAGUAAUCAGUGUUAAACCAUCUGCAGGGCAUUUAAGUUCUUCUUCCAUAUAUCCAGUGUGUCGUGCACCUUACCUACUAGCAACCUCUUGCUCUGAUGGCAAAGUGAGAUUUUGGAGCUGUAGAGUGGAUACAGAGACGUCUCUUUCUCCAACUGAAUUGGAGAACAGUAUUAUAUAUGUUUGGGAAGAAUGGCGUUUGCUAAUUGAAGAUGGACUUCAAAAUGGUGCAGUGAGUGUACCAGGCAGGCCUAUAGAAGUAAGCUGUGCACAUACAAACUGUUUAGCAGUAGCUUUUAAGCAAGCUCCAAGACAUGCUAGCACUUCUCAAGAAUUCUUGAUGUGUGUAAGUAUUUUUGAGUGUGAAUCCACUGGUGGUUCAUGUUGGAUUUUGGAGCAAACCAUUCAUUUUGAUGAACUGAGUACAAUAUUGGAACCUGGAAUAAGUAUUGACAACAACAUGGUUGCAUACAAUAAACUUGAUUUCUUUUUAUCUUCUAACAAGCAAAUGAUGCCAAAUUCUAAACAUCUAGUUCAUUUGGACUGGAUGUCGAGGGAAGAUGGGUCACAUAUAUUAACCAUAGGCAUUGGUUCAAAACUUCUAAUGUAUGGCCAGGUUGCAAAAAAAGUACAAGAAAUUUCCUGUAAAGAUGAUUUUGCACUACAGCUUUGGGAAACUGGCAAAAACACAGCUCACCCUCGGUUUGUGCUGCUCAGGUGUGUAGAUUUGGUGUCUUCAGUUGAAGGAUCUCUUCCUUUGCCAGUUUCAUUAUCUUGGGUACGUGAUGGGAUACUAGUAGUUGGCAUGGAUUGUGAAAUGCAUGUCUAUUCUCAGUGGCAACCAUUUUCUAAGCAGGAUUUAGCAAAUACAGACUCUUACAAUGGAAGUACUCCAUCAAUAACAAACUUAAUAAAACAAAGUCAGUCAGUAGGGUCAGGUCUCUACCCUCCAAAGAAAUCCAUGACAAGAUCAAUGACCAGCUUAGCACAGAAACUUAUGGGUAAAAAAACUGCAUUUGAUCUUCCAGUGGAGAUGGAAGACUCUGGUCUAUUUGAUGCAGCUCAUGCAUUAUGCCCAACGUUACCUCAGUAUCACCCUUUGCAGCUUUUAGAACUAAUGGAUUUAGGUAAAGUUAGAAGAGCAAAAGCGAUUUUGUCUCAUCUGGUUAAAUGCAUUGCUGGGGAAGUGGUAGCAAUUAAUGAUAAUGAGCCAAAUCAUGAGCGUAGGCUCAGAUCACUUUCAAUUAGUGCUAGUGGAAGCACUGCCCGGGAUCCCAAGACUUUCAAUAAACCAGAGAAUGCUGAUUAUACAGAGAUAGAAACAGUUCCCCCACUCCCGUUGUAUGCCCUUCUUGCUGCUGAUGAGGAGUCAACAUUCACAUCCACAAUAGAUAAAUCCAGCAAUCACAGUAAUUCCAAUAAUCAAAGUUCUGCAAAUGCAAAUAAUGAAAACUAUGAUGAGCUUUUCCAAAUUCCUACUUUGAGCUCUGAUGAGCUUAAUGUUUCAGAAUCUGAAGAAGAAAACACAAAACCUCAAGUUAUUGAUUUAUCCCAGUACAGUCCCACAUAUUUUGGUCCUGAACAUUCUCAGGUUCUCUGCAGACAUCUGCUUCAUUCCAGUCUACCAGGUCUUACGCGCAUGGAACAGAUGUCUUUGAUGGCCCUAGCAGAUACAAUCGCCACAACUAGUACAGAUAUUGGAGAAAGCAGAGACCGCAGUCAAGGUGGCGAAACACUUGAUGAAUGUGGGUUGAAAUUCUUCCUGGCUGUUCGCCUACAUACAUUUCUAACCACAUCUCUUCCUCCUGCUUAUCGAGCUCAGAUUUCUCACCAAGGUUUGUCGACUAGUCAUUUUGCUUGGGCAUUUCAUUCUGUGGCAGAGGACGAGCUGCUCGCUACACUUCCAGCUAUGCAAAAAGGAGAUCCUACCUGGUCAGAUUUGAGAGCUAUGGGAGUGGGGUGGUGGGUGAAAAACACUCACAACUUGCGCAGGUGUAUUGAAAAGAUAGCAAAGGCAGCUUUCCAACGUAAUAAUGAUCCACUGGAUGCUGCUAUGUUUUACCUUGCUAUGAAGAAGAAAGCUGUAGUAUGGGGAUUGUAUAGGUCUCAGAGAGACAAAAAAAUGACAGAUUUUUUUGGCCACAAUUUCAAUGAAGAGAGAUGGAGAAGAGCUGCUCUGAAAAAUGCAUUCUCAUUGCUUGGUAAACAGCGUUUUGAGCAUUCUGCAGCAUUCUUUCUGUUAUCUGGAUCUUUAAAAGAUGCAGUGGAGGUUUGCAUAGAGAAAUUACAUGAUAUCCAGCUAGCACUUGUUUUAUCAAGACUUUAUGAAUCUGAAUUUGAAAAAUCUGCAGUCUACAAGUCCAUUCUACAGAAAAGGGUUCUGGGAAUUGAGUCUUCUGGCAAGGAGCCCAAUUUGUCAAGCAUGCAUGCUGAUCCUUUUGUGCGAAGCAUGGCCUAUUGGGUCUUGGAGGAUUAUACCCAAGCUUUAGAAACCUUACUGAAACAAGUUGUAAAAGAUGAAGACGGAGAAUCAUGGAGCCUUUCUUCAAGUUGUGAUCCAGCGGUUUUUAAUUUCUAUAAUUUUCUAAGGACUCAUCCUAUGUUACUGAGACGUAAUUUUAGGUCUUCUGAGUCCUCCACUGCUAAAAUGUAUCUAACUGUGGAAAAUGGUUUGGCAGACAAAAUUAAUUUAAGUGAAAGGAGAUUAUUUUUCACAACUGCACAUGCACACUUAACAGCUGGCUGUCCAAUGCUAGCCCUUGAAGUUUUGUCAAAAAUGCCUAAGGUAGUAAAGAGGUCAAAAACUUUGCUUCGUUCAUCAAGUUUAGCAGAUACAAGUAAAGUAUCCACUCCAUUAUCAAAAGAACCUGAAACUUAUGAUGUUGACUGGUCCAUCCCCAUUGUUAACGGUAUGGGGUCAUCACUUGAUUUGUCAUCGGGUAAACAAUCAAGCUCUUCCCUCCUGAUUGAUUGGAGCCAGCCAUCAAUAGUAAAUGAUGAUGAGCCUUUGGAAUUAAAGUGGGAUAGUGACAAAGAUGACGAUUCUGAAGAAUCUGGCUUAUCAAUGAAAGAACUGAAACCUUCUCAAGAAUCAGCAAGUGUAAAACCUGGAACAAAUACUACAAGCAUUUCUGAUUCUUUGAGCUUCGAUGAAAAUGAUAUUCUUAGUCCAUCCGAUGAUAUUAUAGCAGCACAAUUAAAAUUCAGAGCAUGCCUAAAGAUCCUUACCGGAGAACUCCGCACGUUAUCCACAGGCUACGAAGUUGAUGGUGGUAAACUAAGAUACCAGCUUUACAGUUGGCUUGAAAGGGCAGUAGUUGCCCUUCAAAAGAUCUGUGACUAUAAUGCCAACAUGGAUGAGCAGAAGUCUGGUGUAACUCUUGAAUUUUCUUUUGACAACUCUGGCAAUUCAUUAGACCAGAUUUCCACAAAUCAGCAGAGAGAACUUUUACAGAGGAGACAGUGGCUUUUGAAAUUCCAGUCCCUUCUACGUAUGUUUUUAAGUUUCUGUGUUCUACAUGGUUCUCACGGUGGAGGGUUGGCUUCUGUACGAAUGGAAUUAAUAUUGCUUCUACAGGAAUCCCAGCAGGAUUGUGCGGUCAUUUCAAGUGCACAGACAGAGCAGUCUUCAAUUCCACUGCUUUUUGCCUGCACUGCUAGUGCCAAGAUAGUUGUGGCUAAUCCUUUACUGCACCUCAGCAAUUUAACCCAUGAUAUCUUGCAUUCCAUUAUAAAUCUUGAUUCUCCUCCACAUCCUGACUUCCACAACAACAAGAUCUAUGUAAUGCAUUCUCUCGCAGCAUCACUUUCUGCUUGCAUAUAUCAGUGCCUUUGUGGAGGACAAGCUAGCAGUUCUUCCUUUCAGACCAAUCCCUUUACUGGUAUGGUGUACCAGAGUGUGCUGCUUAUCCAGAGACAUCCUCUUAGAACAACAAGCUUAGAUGAAGCAGUUAUUCCUAAUACUUCUCCUACUCAGUGGCCAGGAAUAAGUGCUUUAAUACGUCUGCUGAAUUCUUCUGGUGAAGAAGCCCAGCCUGGGUUGACCAUUCUUUUGUGUGAGAUUCUCACUGCAGUGUAUUUGAGCCUUUUCAUUCACGGCCUGGCUACACAUUCCAGUCAGGAGUUAUUCUGUAUUGUUGCCCAUCCUCUCUGUGACAAAAUGUGGUCGGCUGUCUUUGGAGGAGGGGCACGAAUUCCAUGCCAGAUGACCAAUAAACCAGUAACUGUAUCAGGAAAAUACUUUUCUAUUCCUAGCCCACACCAGGUAGUAGUGUUCUCCAUGGAAUGUGUUGGCUUUUCGAAAGCCCUUACUGCUAUCAGUACUCAUAGCCCUCCCCACAUUGCAGUCUCUUCCCCAUUAGAUGAAAAUGAAAAGCCAACAAAACGAUUUAGAAUUUCCCCAAAAACCCCACCAAAGGAAAGUACCGCUAAUCUUUCUUCAUUAACAGCUGAUGAAGGAACCUCCAUUUUCCGUGAAAAAUUCAUCCCUCCUGAGCUUAGUAUCUGGGAUUAUUUUAUUACAAAGCCCUAUUUUCCUUUUCUAUCAAACAAGCUGGAAUAUGAUUCAGAGGAGAGUCAAGGAAGUGAUGACGAGGAAGAUGAUGUUUCAUUAUCAGAUGUACAACUCAGUGAACACUCCAAUCCUAAUUCAUACAGCUGGGCUUUAAUGCGUCUUGCCAUGGUACAGUUUGUUGUUCAGAACCUGAAGACCUUCUAUCCUUUUGCUGGACAUGAGCUUUCAGAGCUUCCUGUAGCUUCUCCUUUGUGUCAUGCCAUUUUAAAGACUUUGCAAAGGUGGGAACAAGUGCUGUUAAGAAGACUUGAAUUGUAUGAUGGGCCACCACAAGACUUCAUCAUUGUACCUACACCAGAAGAGGUAGUGUCUGCAGGCCCUGCUAUCCUACGACACAAAGCUCUGUUGGAACCAACAAAUACCCCUUUCAAAUCAAAACAUUCACGCGCCCUGCCAGUAAAAAGGCUUUGGCAUUACCUGGUUAAACAAGAAGGAAUUCAAGAAACCUUUAUAAGAAACAUAUUUACAAGAAAACGAUGUCCAAAUGAGACCGAAGCAGAUCAGGGAUAUUCUGGAGGGAGAGCAAGAAUAAUUCAUAAAGAGUCCGAUAUCAUCACAGCUUUUGCAGUAAAUAAAGCAAACAGAAACUGCAUAGCUAUUGCUUCCAGUCAUGAUAUUCAAGAACUUGAUGUGUCAGCAAUUUUGGCUACACAGAUUUAUUCCUGGAUUGAUGAUGAUUUAGAAAUGGACAAUAAAGGAGCUGAUGAUUUCUUGGUUGUACAUACCCGUGAUGACCUGGCUGCAGUGCAGGGUACAACACCUUACACACACAGUUCUCCGGGUACACCCAUUAACAUGCCGUGGCUUGGGGGUACUCAGACAGGAAGAGGUGCCUCUGUGAUGCUAAAGAAGACUAUCAGUAAUGUCAGAAGAAUGGCUUCUCACCCAACAUUGCCAUAUUAUUUAACUGGUGCUCAAGAUGGUAGUGUGAGAAUGUUUGAAUGGGGCCACUCUCAGCAGAUAACUUGCUUCCGAACAGGUGGUAAUUCAAGAGUAACAAGAAUUAGGUUCAAUCACCAAGGAAAUAAGUUUGGAAUCGUUGAUGCUGAUGGAUUUAUUAGUCUGUAUCAGACAAAUUGGAAAUACAGUGCAGCCGCUGGAAGUCCAGCCAAACCAUACUUGACAUGGCAGUGCCAUAAUAAGACUGCCAAUGAUUUUGUGUUUAUAAGUUCAUCAUCUUUAAUAGCAACAGCUGGACAAUCAAGCGAUAACCGAAACAUCUGUUUAUGGGACACAUUGGUAACCCCUACCAAUAGUUUAGUUCAUGCUUUCACGUGUCAUGAUAGUGGAGCAACUGUAAUUGCUUAUGCCCCAAAACAUCAACUAUUAAUAUCUGGAGGAAGAAAAGGAUUCACUUGUCUGUUUGAUCUUUGUCAAAGACAACAAAGGCAUUUUUUCCAGAGCCACGAUUCUGCUGUUAAGGCUAUUGCCAUUGACACAACAGAAGAAUACUUUAUUACAGGAUCUGCUGAGGGCAAUAUUAAGGUGUGGAGCUUAGCGACUUUCAGCCUGUUGCACACAUUUAUUAAUGAACAUGCUCGUCAGUCACUCUUCAGGAACAUUGGAACAGGGGUUAUGCAGAUAGAGACUGGUCCAGCCAAUCACAUUUUCUCCUGUGGAGCCGAUGGCACUGUCAAAAUGAGAAUCUUACCAGACCGUUUUGGUACACUCCGUGAUCUCAAAACUGAUGUCAAGUUUCUGCUUUGAUUUUUUUUUUUUUUUGUAAAUUAUUAGCCUGCUAAAAUUCUUGUUGAAUAAGUGGCGCAUUGUUCACUGGCACAAAAAAAUAUUGAAAAAUUUAUGUAUUUGAAAAGGAAAGUGGCCGGCAGGUAAAUGUGCAAUGUUUUUACAGAUGUGCCACCACAAUGAUACUGCUUUGCUCAGUUUCUAUUUAUUUUCUUCAGCCUUCUGUGAUUGACGCACUGAUGCCUUAAAAGAUGAUUAAAACGUUUAGCAAAGGAAUGCUAUUAUGCUUUAAGUAGCCAAGAUGGAUGACUUUGUAAAAUGAUGUAUUCCUGUAUAUUCAUACAUAUUUCUGCUGCUGGUCUUUUUUUUUUUUUUUUUUUUUUCUUCUAACAACUUUUUUUUUAUAUAAUGUAUAAAACAAUCUGCACACUCAAAAUAUUUUUAAAAUAUGUGUAUAAGCUUUGAAAUUAUGAUUUAAUUAUCAUAAAAUAAAUAUAAAUGAUAUUUUAGGGCUGUUUAAAAAAUAAUUGUAGAAAAGGAGGAGCUGUUUAGGUAAAAUGUACCUAAUUAAUAUUUGCCUUUAUUUGUUCAAUCACUUGAAAAAACAUUAGUGAUAUUUUAAGCACUUAUAUUUGAAUCUGUGACACCUUACACAGGAAAAACUUUAUUGUAAUAGGAUUAUGGUUUUGCUUUGCAGAUGAUUUUUUUUUUUUUAAUAGAAAACUGAAGAAAAAAAAUUUAUACCCAAAUUAAAAUGUGCUUCUUUUUUUGCCAAAUUGUAGACUAACAAAUUUAAAUUGUUUGACCAAAAUAAAAUAGCACAAGGAGCCUAAACUUUUCUUGCUCUAAACAUUUUUUUUAGACAUUCAAAGGUAUAUUUUCUUUACAGAUGCAUAGGCUAUUGUUUGUGUAACUAACCAAAUAAAAUCCUUGAGAGAUUAUAUAUACAUAUUUAAAGUAAGAUGAAGUUAACAAAUUGAAUUUGAAGGAGCACAGCUUAGAGUAGAGAUAAAUGCUAUGUAGGGUGAGUUUUGUAACAUUCUCAGGACUUUUUUUUUAAAAUAUGAUAGGAGGAUUUUGUAAAUUGUAUAUUCAUUAUUUUAAAUGUUCACGAGCCUGACUCCUAAUUUAAAGAAGAAUUAUUAACCUUGGGCGUAAAGCAGUGCAAUAACAAAUAAUCUUCAGUCAUAAACCAAGAUAUAGCUAGUAAUUUAAUGUAUGAAAGGUGUAGGAAAAAAAUCCAACAUUUACUUGUCUGAUUAAUUAUUAAAAGUUGGGAACAAUUCUAUAUUUUAAUUUCAUUCAUCUCUGCUGACGAGUAAGGAAAUUAUGUGAUUUGUCAUGUAUUUACAUUGAGUAACCAUCUUUUAAAUAAAUAUUCAGCGACCAA